AUGGAUGUGAGCCGCCGGCCGACUCGUCUCGGUCCUCCCGAUAACGCCACCUCUCUACUGGAGCUGGGUGACGCGGCUCGGCAGCACGACUUCAGUCUGAUACUGGGCGUCGCCGGCGCCAUCGCCGUCACGUUCAUCACUCUCGGCGCCGUGAUGUUACUCGUCAUCCGCCAGCGCAAGGCCACUCUCAGCCCAGUGCAUGCUGAUUCUAUAAACAGUGGCAGCAGGGCAUUCGCCAAGAACCUCUCAAAAAGCUACCACUCUAUCGACAAGAUGGCCCGGAGUUGCAGUUACGCCACCAUCGCCAGUCUCAAGAAACUGCCGCGGCUUCACCCGACAGUGACGUCACUCCCGAACGACGGCAGUGACGUCAGCAGGCCUGUGACGUCACUGGCCGACGGUGCCAUGGCAUCACAACACUACGCCUCGUCUGAGAUACCGGUGCCGUCUGCGCCCACCGACCAGCCGCCUGCCGAGUACCCGGCCGUGGACCGGCGCGAGCUAGGCCUCACAGACCUGCUGACCGAGGGCGGUACAGCUCGUCUGUACCGCGCCACCGCCGGCCGCCGGCCCUGUCUGGUGAAGACGGUGACGGCGCAGGCCAGCCCGCAGCAGUGCCGCCAGCUGGUGGCUGAAGGACGGCUGCUGGCCGGCUGCUGCCACCCGGCGCUGCUGCCCGCGCUCGGCUGCACGGCCGACACGGGGCCGCCGUGCGUGCUCUACCCGGACUUGGGCACGGCCAGCCUGCGCCGCUUCCUGGCCACGUGUCGGCUGGAGGGGGCCGCCGGCGCCGGCCCCGUGCUCCGCCAGCAGACCAUGGUGGACAUGACGGUGCAGCUGCUGUCCGGCCUGGUGCAUCUGCACGGCCGCGGCAUCGUCCACAGGGACGUGGCCGCCAGAAACUGCGUAGUUGACGACCGGUUUCGGGUCCGGCUGACGGACUCGGCGCUCAGCAGCGACCUCUAUCCUGCCGAGUACUCGCGGCUGGCAGACGGAGCUUCCCGGCCCGUCCGCUGGGCGGCGCCCGAGUCGCUGCUGCGCGAGCGCCACUCGCCGGCCAGCGACGUCUGGUCGGCGGCUGUCACCGCCUGGGAGGUGACCUCGCUGGGUCAGCUGCCCUUCUCCGAGCUCAAGGACCCACUGGAGGUGCUGGUGCUACUCAGGGAGGGCUACCGGCUGGCUCGGCCGACCGCCUGCCCCGCUCAAAUGUAUUCCACCUUGCUCAGCUGCUGGAACCUGGACCCGGAGAGGAGGCCCCAGUCAAGGAACCUGCUCACGUGGAUGCAGGACUUCUCCAGAGCGUUCGACAGGCUCAUCUAG